AUGAUAAGAGUAUAUUAAUUUUUAAGUUUUUAAAAUAAUUAGACUGAACAACAUUUAAUAUUAAUUUUUGAAUUUAAAGAAGAAUUAACAAUGUCAAACCAUCCCUAAUCCUAAUAACCAUAAUAAUAAGCUUAAGCUCCUUAACCAUAAGCAAGAACAGUAGCUCCAACAUAUCCAAAUGCAAUGUUACCACCAACUUAUUAUCCAGCAUCUCCAGUUAGACAAUCAUAUGUAGCUCCAAUUUAAUAUGCACCAGUGGCUCAAAUGCCUGUUGCUCCAAUAGCAUCUGUUCCUAUUUAACAAUAUGCUGUUGCUCCAGUUGCACCUGUUGCUUAAGUAAAUUUUGAAUUUAUUCUUAGCACUAAACAAUCAAAGGGGAAUCAAGAAUAGAAUAUGUACCUUAUUAGAAAGCUGUUGUUGAAUAUGAAGAAUAAGAAAUAGUUUCUUAUGUUCCUAGAGAAACUAAAGUUACAGAUUAUUAUGCUGUUGAAUAUUAAACUGAAUAUGUCCCCUAAGUUUUCUAAGAAAAAUAUACCGGUAAUUUUUAUAAAUAUUUUUUAGAGUAUGUACCUGUUGAUAGAUAUUAAGAAAGAGUAGAAUAUUAUCCAGUAGAAAGAUAAGUUGUACAUCAAUAACCUACUUAAUAUGUUUAAUAAGCAGUCUCUGUAGUUUAAUAACCAUAUGUUCAACAAUCAGUUCAAUAUGUUUAACAACCAGUUUAAUAUGUUUAACAACCAGUUUAAUAUGUCUAAUAACCUCUGAUUGCAUCUAGAAUGGUUCCACAAUUUGCUUAACCACUUCAACAGUAUCCUCCUGUUCCUCCUCCUAGACCUUAAUAACCAUUAUAAUAAUAAUAGCCAUAAUCCCAUCAACCAUCCCAUUAACCAUCCUAAUAACCAUAAUAAGUCCCAUCUCAAUAGCCAAGAUCAUAACAUAGCUAACAAUAACAGUCAUAAUAACCAUGA